UCACGCGAUGUGCUGUGACGUCACAGCAAGCCUGCGAUCCACUGAAAGAUUCAGGAACUAGCAGCAGCUUUACUAGGCCACGGCUCGGACAAUUAAAGAUAAACGUCAGUGAGUCGCACUUUGAAGAAGUCCAGACUUUUGGAGUCUCUCGUCUUUCGAUCACAGCCAACAUGACGGCGGCGGUGUUCUUCGGCUGCACCUUCAUCGCCUUUGGUCCGGCCAUCGCACUGUUUCUGUUUACUAUCGCCCGGGAGCCGCUGAGGGUCAUUUUUCUCAUAGCAGGGGCUUUUUUCUGGCUCGUGUCUCUGCUGCUGUCGUCUCUGGUUUGGUUCAUAUCGGUUCAGAUCAGCAAUAAAGACAGUGCCGUGCAGCAGAAGGGUCUCCUCAUCUUCGGCGUGGUGUUGUCCGUCCUGCUGCAGGAAAUCUUCCGCUUCGCUUACUAUAAGCUACUGAAGAAAGCGAAUGAAGGCCUCCUUGCCCUCAGUCAGGAGGAAACCAUGCCUAUUUCUAUCCGGCAGCUGGCCUAUGUGUCUGGUCUCGGCUUUGGCUUCAUGAGCGGCGCCUUCUCUGUGGUCAACAUCCUGGCUGAUUCUGUGGGGCCAGGAACUGUGGGGAUCCACGGAGACUCGCAGCACUACUUCCUGUCCUCAGCCUUCAUGACCAUGGCCAUCAUCCUGCUCCACAUGUUCUGGGGCGUUGUUUUCUUUGAUGCCUGUGAGAAGCAGCAGUGGUGGGCGGUGGCUGCUGUAGUCAGUCACCUCGUCGUGUCCUGUCUGACCUUCCAGAACCCAGAGUACGUCGCCAGCUUGGUCCCCACCUACGUCAUCUUGUUCCUGAUGGGUGUCUGGGCCUUUUACUCUGCCGGCGGUUCACUCAGGAACCUCAAGCUCUGCCUCACCUGCAAAGACAAGGACUUUCUCCUGGCCAACCACCGGCCCAGAUAACAAUGCACGCCCGGCAGUGUGCAGGACACUCUAUCCAAAGACCAAACUGAGUUCACUAACUCGCACUGGAGUGGAGACCUUUGGUUAAUGUGCUGUUUCCAUCAUCUGAAAUCCUAAAAGUAAAAACGGUGAAGAUUUCCUGAACAAAGGGAACCACAUCUAACUUAAGGCUUAGUUUAUGUGUUUAAACUUAAUUGACAUCCAAUUACAGGGUUCUGUUCAAAUGCACCCAGGUUGUAGGUUUGACUGAUGGCUUCUUUUUUCUCUUGUGUGACUCUACUGUACAUAUUCCAACAUUUUAAAGUCUUUAGCUAUUUUCUUUUAAAUGUGUCAACAUUUUCAAGUGUGGAUAUACCAUAAAUUUAAGUCUUCAUGUACAUCCACUAGUCAAUGCUUGUUUAAUUUUCUGUGUUUUCGAAAUUAUGAUACAGCCUCUUUAGUCUGGACUUUCACUACGCAGUCAGUUAGUGCUCCACACCAUAAAGUCUGUCACUGUGCCAUGACUCCACCUGCAGUAUACAGUCAAUUACAGCAGGUGGUGAUUCCACCAUAUGUUUACUCCUGAAUUAUCUUAACGUUCUAAUGUGUUGUAAUGUUCAUGAUGGCUAGCACAUCUGAAUUAUUAUCAGCUUUCUGACCGCUUCAGCUUAAGAACAUUCUAACAUGUUAAGUGUAAGAAUAAUUUGAGUUGCUGUGUUGGACUGAACUAGGCUGUACAACUGGCCCUUGUAUUAGGUGUAUUGAGUGUUUCUUCAUAUCUAGUUGGCAUAGUGGUGGUCACUUUGGUUUCUACAGGUCCAGGUUUCAUCCUGCUGCAUAAACCUUUAGAUAAACCACAUUGUUUUUACUUGCUUUAAGCAGAAUUGUGCUUUAUUAAGACCAGCAUUUUGUUCUAACUCCCAAAUAAAAGCCAGGAUAUGUUGUCUUGCUCUGUUUCACAUUCCUUGCUGCCUUUUUAUGCUCAUGUAAUUUCUGGUCCAGCGCAGGAUCUCAUGGCCACAUUAAUGUUGUCUUUGUUGUAUAGUUUGUUUGUGACACUGUGAAGUCAGGAUGGACAUUGGCGCAGACCUACAGACGUAGGUUGAGCCUUUUUUGUUGUCUAUGUUCCUGCUUUGGGCCUGAACUGUGGGCCGGGUCUCACGUGGCCGUCGCUGCCAGUUGGUUGGUGAACACUAACACGGUAACUCUUCUGCAAUAAAUCCUCCUUCACAAAGGUGAAAA